AUGCAGAACCCGUUACCUGAUCCCACCGUAUUUCCCGCCGCACCGUCCUACACUUAUCCACCCACACCAACGCCUGGACCAUCCCAGCCGAUAUCGACCAUACAGACGCAGCACCCGCUCACCCCGCCCACACCAUCCACUCCAUGCAGUGUUAGAAGAAGAACGCGUGGACGGCAAGCACCAGUCUCACCUGAUGGGAAAGCAGUCAAAUACCGAUCCAAGAACGGAGAGCUUAAAGACAGGCCGUUUAUCUGUCCCGUUGCUGCUUGUGCGGUGACAUUUAGUCGUAACGAGCAUUUAAAGAGGCACAUCAAGUGCGUGCAUUCAGAUGACGAAGGUUGGGUUUGCCAGUAUGGCGAGUCGUGCAUGAAGACCUUCACUAGGAAGGAUAACUAUCGACAGCACGUGCGGAAGGACCACCCAAAUCAAAUUUGGGUGAACUGA